AUGACUUGGAAGGUCGUUCGUGGGGCUGCGCUGGCAGUCAUCCUGGCCAGUCUGCCUGUAAUGGGCGACGAGCUACGCGAUAUCGAACACGUGGUGAUCUUCAUGCAGGAAAACCGUUCCUGGGAUUGUUACUUUGGUACCAUGCCUGGUGUUCGUGGUUUCAGCGAUCCUAAUGUUCAGGUGAAUGGCAAUGAGUCAGUUUGGCACCAAGUGGUUGAUCCUGGGAUGUCUAACAAGACCAACAACUUGCUGCCCUGGUAUCUGGGAUACGAGGGUGGUGAUAGUCUCGAUGCCAUCCAAUGCAUGACUGCUGGUGACAAUGGUUACCAGGAUAACCAGGCAGCUUACAACCAUGGUCUCAACAAUCAUUGGGCUCGUAACAACACUCCUUGGAGUUGGGGCUACUUCAAGCGCCAGGACAUCCCAGUUCAGUUCGCUAUCGCUGAGGGAUGGACUUCUGGUGACAUGUACCAGGAAGCCCAAAUCACUGCGACAAACCCCAAUCGUGUGACUUUGGUCAGUGGCUCCAUCAAUGUUCCUGGUAGCCCCCAGAACAAGGACCAGGGUGGUGUCUACAUCGACAACAACGAAGUCCCAGGUUGCGAUUCUGAUGGUAUCAACUGCUAUCCCCUCAAGUGGAAGACCAUCUAUGAGUUCUACGAGGAAGCCGGUGUCUCUUGGCAGUUGUACCAAGAUACCGACAACUUUGAUGACAAUCCUCUCGCAUGGUUUGAGCAGUACCAAAAUGCCAGCUCUUCUUCGCCCCUGGCAAAGAAGGGCAUGUCUUACGUGGGUCUUGAGGCAUUCUAUGAGGCAGCUGCAAAUGGUACUCUGCCCGAGAUCAGCUUUAUCGUCGGACCUGCUGAACUAUCCGAGCAUCCUCCAUACAUGCCCAAGGAUGGUGCCUGGUUGCAGAAGAAAGUCGUAGAUGCGGUCACUAGUAGUCCAAAGUACUCUUCAACUUUGCUUAUGAUCAGUUAUGAUGAGACUGGUGGAUUUGGUGACCAUGUCAGCCCCUUCCAUGCUCCCAAGGAUACCCCCGGCGAAUGGAUGGAAGAUCCACUUGGAUAUUUCGGUGAUAUUUUCGUUGGACCCGGCUUUCGCGUCCCAUUCAUGAUGGUCUCCCCCUGGACUCGGGGUGGCCGAGUAUUCACUGAACGGGCGGAUCACAACUCCCAGAUUCUGUUCCUGGAGAAGUGGCUCUCAGCGCGAGGCUACAAGAACAUCGAAACUGACCAAAUGGUCGCUUGGCGUCGUAGCCACAUGUCGGACCUGCUCAACGCACUGGAUCUCGACAACCCCGAUCUGUCCCUGCCCAGUAUUCCAGAUGCUGAGACACCGGCCACUAACAGCGACGGUAGUUAUGUCGGGACCUCCAAUUGCGAGGCCGAAUACCCCAGUCCACGACCUGUUGUUCCAUAUGGUGACCAGGACAACUCGACCAACACCAUGUUCUUCGAAGAUGGAUUCAAGGAAGUUGUCGGAUACCUUACUGAGGGUCGCUACCUUGUUUUUGAGAAGGCUGGUGCCGCCUUGACAGCUCCUACGAGUUCCAAGAACUCCAAUCUCGAGACUACCACGGCGACCGAUAACCACGAGACCAAGGCUCAGCGAUGGAUUAUCCACUACAACGACGACGAGGAAAGUGGAAUCUUCACCAUCUCCAGUGCUCUUGACGGCAGAUGGAUCGGCUCUCGCGGUACUUUGAUCGAUGCUGACGAUUCUGCACGGGCUGCGCCAUUGAGCAUCACUUUCCUCGGUAAUGGAAACGGCUACAAUAUUCAGUAUGCUAAGGGCAAACAAUACCUCAGUGCCGAAAACGAUGGCAGCUUCACCCUGGUUAGCACAGCUCCAACUGAGGGUUUCAAGGCCUACAGCGUUACCUAUCAUGAUUAA